AUGACGGACAGGCAAACUCCCUUUUCAAUCAGUCUCUUUGGCAGCCAGGCAGGCGAUGGCCCUCAAGAUGCAGCAGCGCCCUCGCGCGUGCAGCAGACGCUGGUGGAUUUUAUAAUGGAGUUUACGCUCGAUAAUGUCUUCGUCUACAGAGAUCAAAUACGGGAAAAUGUGCUCUUGAAGCAGUAUUACUGUGACAUUGACGUUGCCCACCUGAUUAGUUACAACCCAGAGCUCGCACACGACCUCAGACAGAACCCUGCUGAGAUAAUCCCACUCUUUGAAGCGGCCCUCAAGACGUGUACGCAACGUAUCGUUUACCCGUCCCAGAAGAACAUCCAACUUCCCGAGCAUCAAUUGCUCCUCCAUUCCAAUGCCUCAGAGCUCUCGAUCCGCGACUUGACAGCGAACAACGUCUCACAACUCGUCCGUAUACCGGGCAUUAUCAUUGGUGCUUCAACAUUAUCAUCCAAGGCUACAGCCCUCGCUAUUCGGUGCAGGAAUUGCCAGGAUGAGAAGAUGCUACCUGUAUCUGGCGGUUUCGCCGGAAUCUCUCUGCCAAGGACAUGCAGUAGGCCACGAGGAGAGGGCGAAAGUGGAGACAAAUGCCCGCUCGAUCCAUACUAUGUCCUGCACGAGCGCUGCCAGUUUAUCGACCAGCAGGUGCUCAAGCUACAGGAGGCGCCAGAUCAAGUACCAGUCGGUGAACUUCCUCGGCAUAUCAUGAUCUCAGCAGACAGAUACCUGGCGAACCGUGUCGUGCCUGGUACACGAUGCUCUGUCAUGGGUGUGUUUUCCAUCUACCAACAGAAGGGCUCAAAGCGUGCGGGCAACGCAGCAGUCGCCAUCCGCAACCCCUACAUACGCGCCGUUGGCAUUCACGCAGAAGUUGAUCAUGGUACCAAAGGCAACGCGGUGUUCACAGAGGAAGAGGAGCAAGAAUUCCUGGAAAUGAGCAGAAGGCCAGACAUCUACCAGGUCUUUGCCCGCUGCAUUGCGCCCUCGAUUUAUGGAAAUGAAGACAUAAAGAAGGCCAUUGCCUGCCUGUUGAUGGGCGGUGCAAAAAAGAUUCUGCCGGAUGGAAUGAAGCUUCGUGGCGAUAUCAAUGUGCUUCUGCUCGGUGAUCCAGGUACUGCCAAGUCGCAAUUGCUCAAGUUUGUUGAGAAAGUCUCGCCAAUUGCCAUCUACACAUCCGGAAAGGGUUCCUCCGCAGCCGGUCUGACAGCUUCCGUUCAACGCGAUCACAACACGCGUGAGUUCUACCUCGAAGGUGGUGCUAUGGUUUUGGCAGAUGGCGGCGUUGUCUGUAUCGAUGAGUUUGACAAGAUGAGAGACGAAGAUCGAGUGGCUAUUCACGAAGCCAUGGAACAGCAAACUAUCUCCAUCGCGAAAGCAGGCAUCACCACGAUUCUCAACUCAAGGACAUCAGUACUCGCAGCAGCCAAUCCCAUCUUUGGACGCUACGACGAUAUGAAGACACCUGGCGAGAACAUUGAUUUCCAAACUACCAUCCUCUCGCGUUUUGACAUGAUCUUCAUCGUGCGCGACGAGCACGAUCGCGGCCGUGACGAGAGGAUAGCGAAGCACGUCAUGGGCAUUGCCAUGGGUGGUCGAGGCGUCGAAGAGACGGUGCAGGCUGAGAUUCCAAUUGACAAGAUGAAGCGCUACAUCACAUACUGCAGGCAAAGGUGCGCUCCACGACUGUCGCCAGAAGCAGCUGAAAAGCUUUCGAGUCACUUUGUUAGCAUCAGGCGGCAAGUACACGCCUCGGAAAUCAACGCAAACCAGCGAUCUAGCAUCCCGAUUACAGUUCGUCAGUUGGAAGCCAUCAUCCGUAUCACCGAGUCGCUAGCCAAGCUAUCUCUGAGCCCGAUAGCAGGCGAGACGCAUGUCGAUGAAGCGAUCCGCCUGUUCCUCGCAUCUACCAUGGAUGCUGUCAAUCAAGGCGAAGGCCAGAGCUCAAAGGAGCUCAUGGAUGAAGUCAGCAAGGUUGAAGAUGAGCUCCGCAGACGCAUGGCUGUUGGAUGGCAAAUCAACUUGUCCACGCUCAAACGCGAAAUGGUUGACGGAAAGGGCUACUCUGAGCAAGCUCUCGCAAGGGCUCUACAUGUGAUGAACGCUCGUGAGACGAUUAGAUUUAGACAUGGAGGUAGCGUUGUAUACAGAGCCAGCGCAUAG